UCCCGCGCGUAUUUUUAUUUGUGUGUGUAAUCCAUAGAUCAAAGACACUAAAGAUCUCAGUUCUAUUUUUAUUAUGUAUUUAUUUAAUUUAACGUAUGUUCGUUUUUAUUUGUAAUAUAAUAUUAUUUUAACUGAAUAACAAGCAUCAAAAUGGGCUCGCAAGAAGAAAGGUGUAAAAUGUACAGUGAUUCGAAAUCGACGAUACAGAAAGUGCUAAGAGAUAAUUCAAAAAAUGGAAAUACCAUAUCUAAUUUUAUAAAGAACCAGUUGAUUUUAAUUAGGAGCGACUUGUGUGGUAGUAAUGACGAAGUGGUAUCAAAGUCGGCUUUGGAUAUGCUCCAAUUUUUAAUAAAUACUGUACCAUCAGAAUAUUUGGUUUCUGAUUUGGUCACUUUGCUUAACUAUCAUCCCAUAAAAGUAGAACAUAAACACGAAAUAAUUGUGCUACUUAAAAAGUUAAUACUAACUACAAUCAAUAAUGAAACAUUUCAUGUGACUCAAAUUGUGUCCCAGUGGAAAAAUCAAAACAUAACAAGGUUUAUUGAUAUAAUGGAAGAUUUGUUCUUGAAUGAACUGUCUAAACAAAAAGUCCACAAAUUAUUUCUGAAAAAUAUCAUCCCAAAUGUGAUGGAUAUUAACACAAACAGUGAGAUCAGAAAUGUAUUGUUGAAACUCUCAUAUAAAUUACUACCAACAAUUAAAAUCUCAGAAUUGAACAGUGCAGAAGUACAAGAAUUCACAGAAGAAAUUUCAAAAAAUUAUGUCAAAUCCAUAACCACAUUAAGAGACAAAGAGUAUGAAAACUGGCAUAAACUGUGGAUAUUGAUUGUACGAAUUUACGGAACAAACUUGCACAACACAACAGACUUGAUGAAUCGUUUACUCCGAAUUGUGGAAUACGCAUUCAGAAAUCAGUCUUGUUCGCAAAGGAUACAGGGAUACGAAUGUUGGAAAGUGUUGAUUGAUAAUGCAAGUUUAAAUUCACAAUAUCUCAUCACAAAUAAACAGAUCAAAUUGUUGCUCACACCUCUUAAAGCCAAAUUCUCAAAACAGGAGCAAGUUCUAACAAAGAGGUUUGAAGUUUUCAUUCAUUUACUGGAAAAGCUACAGGGAAAGGCUGUGUUGUGUUUGGUGGAGUUUCUGGAAUUCUGCUUUGGACCUGUGGGUGAUAACUUGGAUAAGAUUGGACAGGCAAGGACUGUGCCUGAAUUGUGGGAUAAGAGUAUUGCUGUUCUUCUGGAGCUUUUAGGACACACUGAUAAAUGUUUAGAAUCUCAAAUUAAAUUUCAAUCAGCAGUGAUAAAUGAUAAAAAUGUCUACAAAUUCUGCAAACCUAUCACAAAUUCUAUAUUAGAGUCCUGCCUUUUACUAAAAAAUUCUAAAUUUGAUGACAAUAGAAGUACAAUCAUGCACUGCCUUUGGACUUCUUUUUUUGAUAUCCUGGGACAGGUCUCAAAUAGCAUGGAUGAUUGUCUGAAUAUCAUUGAACCACUAAUGUUAAAUACUUUAAAACAAACCAAGGAUGAUUAUGUUGAGGAUGCCAUUAUUCCAGUCCUUUUAAAUGUGAUAAUAGCAGGAGAGUCAUCAUUGUCCAAGAAUUUGUUUUUAAGAAGUUAUUCAAUCUUAGAACCACAUUUGUUUAAAAAAAAGUAUGAAAGGUCUUAUGAUCAGAAGUCAUUCCAGAAUAUCAUUUCAAGGUGUGUUCUUGGUAACGAGAGAUUUUUUAACGAUAUUUUAAGGAAUUUUGAAAAGACUGAAUCAGGUGAAAACAUAAACUUGGCCAUGUCAUGUGAUAUAUGGUUGAGUCUCUCACAGUGCAUUUUAAUAGAUGUACAUAAAAAUGAAAACCAGAGCUAUGUCUUGUUUCUACUUUGGCCAGUUAAACAUUUGAGUACUAUCACUAAUGGCCAAGUAAAGAAUAUCACCAAUGCAUGGGUGAAGUUAUAUAAAAAGAUCACAGAAAACUCGGAGGCGAAUAAACUCGCCAUUCUCAAAGGACUAAACAAAAUUUUUAUCGAAAAUCCUCUGCAGAUUUCCAAUAUAGUGGCCGUUAUUACUCUUAUGACAAAAUUUGAAGCUGUUUUUACUAAAGGAUAUGUUGCAAAAAUAUUAGGUCUCGUUUCUCGUUGCCUCAAUUUUCCUACUUUGAACCAAGAGGACAAUGAGAAGUUAUCGCAAAUUAUUGUCGAGUACUUGAAUCCAUCAUUAACAGUUUACACAGAAGACACCAAUGAAGAAGCACUGUCCAAACUUUGCCUCUGCGUCGAGCAUAUCCUGAAAAUACGAAAGAAAUUCGAAAUCUUAGAUUAUUUGAUAAAUUUCCUCACUGCUAUCCAAUCCAGCCUAAAAACCGUUUUCUCAAAAUCAUUUUCGAAGUUACUCUUCGAACUGUAUUCAGACCAGACAGACUUAAACAGCUCCGUCUCAAAGAAUUUACAAAAAAUCAUGCUAAUUUUGGACGUCGAGAAACCUGAAACGAAAACACCCAAGACCACACCUAAACCAAUAAAAAUUGUGACGCCAACUAGUCGAACUGCGAAAAUUGCUAAUCUUGCCAAAAACAAUUCAAAACCAACCACCUCACAAACUGAACUCCCCACGGUUUUAAAACUGUUUGGAAAAGCUGUCGACUCCCCGAUUAAAAUAAAGGGAAGCCAGCUGAAUAAUACGCCGUUGAAAUCCAAAAAAUCCGCGUCAAUUCAAAGUCCUAAACCUGAAAAGAAAGCCGCCCCUCCUUCCAUCGACGACGAAAGCACUUCUCAGUUCGUUGCCAUAGACACGGAAAUUAAAUUCAGACCCGAGAAAUUAAAUGAACAUCAAAAGGAGAUGUUUAAGAAACGCAGAGAAGAUAUCCCCGCCCUUUAUCAGGACUUGUCGCAAAGUCAAAGCCAAGACAUAUUUAAUCCGAAGAAUUCAAAUUCGUGUAGCAACAUUUCGGUAAAUUGCGACAAAGAAAACAAAUCGAAUAACUCUUCAAAAGACAACUCGCCAGCUGUAUCGAACGAAGAAAAUAACGAAGUGGCAUUAACAAAAGAAACGAAUAAAACAAACCAAGAUUCUAGUGAGAGCAACGAAUCUAAUGCAACUGCAGAAAAUACGACCGUGAUAGAGAAAAAGGAAGAACCGCAAGGACCUUCGACGCCGAGGAGAAAGCGUGAUCAGCUCACCAACGAACAACGAAAGCGUUUGAAAAUUGAAAACGAGAUGAAGAGAUUAAAAAUGGACAUAGUGGCGGCGGACCAGGUGCUCUCAGUUUCUGGACGUCGGUCCGCUGCUGUAUUAAACAAGGAUUCAUUGCCUCAAACGAAAGGCAAAGACGGGGAGAAAAAGGAUUCGACUGCAAAUAAAAAUCGAAGAAAGACAAUAGGUGCGUUAGAUGUAGAAAGGAAGCCUGUCGCCAGACGUUCGCUUGGAGUUGUGGAAGAAUUGAGUGCUAAUGAAGGUCCUAAGAAAAAGGGAAGGAAAAGUUUGGGUAAGGAGAUUGUAAUUGAACUGAAUAAAAAAGUCGAUAAUAAUAAAAAAGGUUUGACAAAUCAACCAAAAAAUAUUUCUUUGGAUAAGGCGGAAGAAAAUAAAAAUGAUAAGUCACCGCCUAAGAAUACCAACGGUAUUGUUCAUGAAGAAGCUGAUCAUAUAAUACCAGAAACUGCAAGAAUAGAAACAGAGAAUGUGGACAGUGACUCUGAAACAAAAGUAAGUAAUAAUACUGAACUAGAUAUGAGUCCUUCACUUUCAGAUGUUAUACCAGAAACUGAAGUUGUGUCUAUAAUACGGCCUAGAAAGAGAAACAGACUAAGUAAAUGUGAGACUAAAGAUGAAGAUGUUAUAAGUAAACAGGAAUUAACUAAAACCAUUGAAAACAGUACUGAAAAUAAACAUAAUCCUGAAGAUAUUUCUAAAGAAACUAUAAAUAAGGGUAAAGAAAAUGAAUUGAGUGAAGCAACAGCGGAGAAAAGAAAGAGAAUUAAUACUCCAGAUGAUAAUGAAGGUAUCGAUUGCUCCGUAAAAACUGAUGAAGAUUCAAAGAAAUGCCAAGUGACAAUUAACAAAAAUAUAGAAAUAGAAGAAACUCAGUGUUCACAGAUAAAUGUGAAGAAAAUGGACGUUAUAACUCCUGUUAAAAACGUAAAAGUUGAGGUUAAUGUUGUUAAAAGUCCCCUCAGAUACAGAAGGAUUACUCCCACUAAAGUAGAUUCGAAGAAAUCCUCGUUUAAAAGUAAUAAAACGUUCGGUCAAACAAUUUCAAAUAAUGUACAAGUAAAGACUAAUAACAUAAGUGUAAAUCAUGUAAAAAUAUCAGAUAUUCAGAAAGAAGAAGAUAAAUUGAAUUUGGAAACAUCUGUAACAAAGAAAGUACUACCUGAAAUAGAGCCUGAAACUGAUGAUAUAAUUGAAUCUUCUCAAGAAGCCAGCAUUAAUAUUACACCUCUAUGUUCCCCAAGGAGAAGCUUUACAUCUCACAAAGUCAGUAAAGAUGAAGAUGAGGAGAGUGUCGUUAAUGAUAAUUUAAAUGAUACACCAGAAGAACAGGCUAGUGGUAAUACUUCUACAACAGAGACGAUCACCCAGACAGAAUCUGACCCAACUAUCACAAAUGAAGUGGAUCCAGAACUAAAAUUAGAUUUACCUAAAAAGGUAGAACUGACACCUUCUCAAGAGAUCAUCAGUAAUAUGGAUACUAUUUCAUUAUUAUCGGACUGUAUACAACAGGAAACACCUGAGGAACCCACUCUAUCACAAGAGUUGGUCAUUAUUAAUGGGGCUACAGAUCAAGAAACCGAAAACGCAAGCACUCCAGUGACACGAAGACACAGUUUGCCCGUAUCACGGUCGGAAACAUAUGAGGACUCCAUUAAUAAGACUGAUGACCAACAAUCGGAAAACUUAAGCACACCAAUCUCUCGAAGACACAGUCUGCCCACAUCUCCAAUUACGGGAACAACCCCUACAAAAACAUCUGAGCUAGUUAAUGGAACUCUUGACAUAUCCCCGAUUCUAGUAAAACCAAAAAUUGACAUUGAUGGCCCGAAGUUCUGUUAUCAGAAAUUUAUAGAAUCCGCCCCAAUGGAAGUUGUCAGCUUGUCCCCGGAUAAGAGAGACGCCAUACCAGUUAAAGUUCAAGACAGGAUUAUCAAUGUUAAUUUCGAUUCACCCGUAUCUCAUAAAAGACGUAGCAGCCUCACAAUUUCUCCGUCGGCCUCAAGAAUAAGAAAGCUUAUGUCGCCGUUCAAGCAAAAGCAAACGAAUCUCCAAGAGGAAUUCGCCAAUGCAAACGAGGAGGAAAAAAUAGAUAUGUUCAAGUUUUCCAAGGAGAUGCCCAGCCUCAAUGGCACUCCAGAGAAGAGUAUUUUAAAGAAAAGACAGUUGGACACGCCGGAGGAUGGGACGUCUCCUUGCACCAAACGAAAGAGGGUGCAUUUCAGUUAUCCAACAACGACGUGUAAGAAGGUUUACCUUAAGCCCCUUGAUCCUAAAGACAUGAAGCUGGAACUUAUCAGCAAAGAUCAGGGGGAUGAAAUUAUUGAUUUCAGAGACUACAUUCAUGAGCAACAUGAGAAGGAUGAUUGUCUCCAAGUUUAUCCUGCCUUGCAAGGUUGUAUGAGCCACAUCAAAAGUCUGUUUAGACACGAUGAUGUGGCCUUUAACGUUCUUUUGCAACACAAUAUUAAUACUGUUGGAGAUUUGGCGGUUCUCUCCGAAAUGGAAUUGUUAGAUUUACCGCUGCAACCACCAAUAGUUGUUAAUGUUUUCAAAGCGUUAGACUCUUUUAAUAUAAGACAAGCAAAACCGGACGACGAGGACAACGAAGACCACAGAUUAGAGAUAGAAGAAAAUAUGCUACUAAAAAAUGCCCCCCAAGUAAUUUACCCCAACUUAGAAAAGUGUUACGAUUUAGUAGAAAACCUGUUCAGGAAAAUGGAGAAUUUAAACAUAAGUAUAUGGCGAAUGAGACUACGAGAGUUCGGUGUCAAGUUGGUGUCUGAUCUGGCAGUAAACAAGGAACAAAAAUUACUCGAUCUGCCCUUCAAACCUCCGGUCAUUACCAAUAUUUACAGAGCCCUGGACUGUUACUACGAUCGCAAACAAAGCGAAAUCGACAAACUCGAUUCCAGUACCUUAAAAAUAGAAUUUGAUCAUUCGGAAAACGAAGCGGUCGACAGCAUUUAUCCGAAAUUAAAAGAGUGCAAAGAAAACGUGCAGGUCAUUUUAAAAGAGAAGUCGACAAAACAAAAGUGGAUAGAAAAAUUGGAAGCUAAUAACAUUAAAACCAUCGGUGAUCUUGCGGUCCUGAACUACAAUAAAUUGUCGGAACUUCCUGUGGAGAAUUCGAACGUCCUCAAUGUGUACAGGGCUUUAGACCGAUUCUAUAAAAAUAAUGAGAGAAAAAAUACUGCUGUUAAUACGGAAGAAAACAGUGAUGUAGUCCAAAUACCUCCUCACAGGAUAAUGGAAACUAUGGAAGAUAUUGUUAAAAGUGCCACUGAAAAGGAAGGACAAAUUGUUGACCUGGCAAAGGUAUUUAUACGGUUCUUAACAAGACAUGACAUUAUAAACAUUUUUAAGUGCAGUAAUAUCGAAUUAACCGAUAUAUUAACAGAGAAUGAUUUACUUCAAAUCAUCAAUCAUUACAUUAAAACAGAUCUAAAAUUGAUCGUUCAAAUUUUGAACAACGCCGUGAAGGCUGCUAAUAUAGAAUCUGAAUAUAUUGACUGUUUAAAUGGCAUAAUGAAAAAAAUACCCCUCUCGAGUAUAAUGAAGGAUCGCCCUUUAAAUGAUAUAAAACAUUGCUUAUUAGGAUUAGUGCCAAAAGAAGAGGUCUUUAACAUCGUAAUACCUUUAAUUAACAAUCCUGUAGUAAUAGAACCUUAUUUAAAAACAUUGAAUGUAGUUCAGUUUGGUGAUACUGUCGUCAAUUGUGUAAAUAAGCAGGAAACUGAGCCUUUUAUUAAAAGAUUGUAUGAAACGUAUGAAUCUGAGAUUUUAAAUGUUAUAGAUAAAAAGCAGUAUUUAUCUUCACUUUCGCAUGAUGUUUUAACUGAAGAAUUAUGUGGUCGAGAAGCUGCUGUCGUGAAGUCCUGUGUUCAAUCUUGUGUUUUGACUUUGGCAAAUAAAGAUAGCCAAGACGAUCUUGAAGAUUUAUUUAAGUUUGUUGCAAGUAAGCUGUCGCGUACAAGACUAAAAGAUUUUGUCGUUGAUUUUAUACAAUCGAAUAUUAAAUAAGACUAAUUAAUUAAUAAUCUGUUGUAUAUAUCAAAGGAAAAUAAUUUUAUAUUUUUACAUAAUAAAGUGGAUUUUAUUUUA